CAACAAGUCAUUGGGAUUGUGAUCGACACUCCUAAUGCGCAUUUUUCUCAGAGUUGGCGACACUGAGCGCCAAAAGUUUCUGUGAAUAUGCCUUCCGUUCCAAAGCUACCAGCACUUAUUGUAGCUGCACAAACGGCUCUUCCAAACGAUGAAAAAUGUAUUGCUGCUGUAUCCGUGUACAAGCUGGAGAUGUUACCCAACGGUCCAACAAGUACUAGCAACGGGGUUCUUUCACGUGCAAAGAAGGCAGGAAAAGACAAGCUUCGUUGUUUGGCUGUGUGUGAACGAGUAAAAUCAAAACGAAGAAGAAUUGUCAAACUAUCCGACCCGUGCCUCAAGUCUUUGACGGUGAUUCGUUCUUGGAAGUUGGACGAACUGCAAAAGAUUGACGGCAUGGAAACGGGAAGUAAUAGUAACCUACGUUUCACUAUGAUCUUUGGUGAAAAGCUAUUUGCUUUUGAAUCCAAGUAUACCACAGAUAGGGCAAAAUUUCUUUGGACAGUUAUAGAAAGUUAUUCGGCACUCAAAGGAAGACCACCAAAACUAGAAAACCUUGCUCUUACGAAAUUAGAAGAAGCGUCUCGAGAAACUAAUAAUACAACACAACCAAAUACCCCGUUAACUGGCUCUCAAAGGUCAGUUUCAGAAUCCGAUUUGCAACACAAAACUACCGGAGUUAGCUCUGCGGAGGUGAACUCUCCUCAUGAUUCGCAACAGACCAUAGAGAGUACCGACUCAUCCGUCUGGACAUCGUCACCCGCUACUGCAGAUAAGAAAAAGUCUGAAAAAGGAAGCACCGAAAAGGCAACUUCUUCAGUUGUAGAAGAAACGAGGGGUGUUGUCUCACCAGUUGCUGGAAACAGUAACUUCAACUUGUCGGAGGAAGAAAUUGCUGAUAUCUUACAGCUUCUGGACAAUGUGAACCUUGCCAACUUUGAUCCUUCUAUGUUAGCGGAGAAGAUACAAGACGAAGCCAGGGUUUUGGAGGAUGCUACAAUAUCCAGUUUAAUAACUGCAAGCUCAAACAAAGUCGGCAUAUCUCAAUCCCUCGAUCUCCUUUUGGCACAUGUGAAAGAGUUGGAAGACUGGUUCAAUACAACAGAUGAUCGUCUUCAGCCUAUUUUUUCUGAAGCUUUGGAAUUGCAUCAUUUUCUUGUUGAAAUGGACACUUUGAACACGAAUUUAACCAAUCUCAAGUCUCAGAUCGAGGAGUUAAUUGACAUGGUAUUUGUUUCUAAGGAUGAAGAAAAUAUUCUCAAGUCACCCUCAUUAUCAGACGACAGAUUUAUUAUCGAACAAUUAACUCCGGCAGUUCGGGUUCUUUCAGAAAAGCUUCAUGAGCAGAACGUAAUAAACUCGCUGUCUGACUUACGUGCUGUCUUUGAAGGGAAAAAGAAACUUGAAGAAAUUCGACGUUUCUUAUGUAAAAAUUUGCAAGAUAGUUUGGUUGUAAAGACUAGAAAUGUUUUGAACAGAGGAGCGCUGAGUCGUCGAGUGAUUCUUGGUGGUGGAUUGAGUUCUGAUGUUUUCCGAUCAUUUUCAGCAGGUUUAUAUUGUAUGGCAACAUUGGAUGAGUCGGAAUGGAAAAGAUUUAUUGAAAAGUUUGUUCAAGUUGCCAAAGAGUCCUCUGUUGUAGCUCGUGAGGCACCGGAAACAUUUCGAUCUACUGUCAAUGCUGUUGAUCAAAAGGACAACUCUGUUGCCUAUAUGCAACGGCAGCUUCGAACUGGCAUUUUGGCUGUAGGAAACUCCUUAUGUAGUGAAUUUCACUGUAUUUAUUCUCUUUUUUAUGAUUCUUGUGUUCAUCUUGAUCACGAUACAAAUGAAGUUGCUUCGAAUAUUGUCGAACAGGAAUGCAAUCAUUUGUCGGAAGCUGUAGUGGAGUUUAUCGAUUACUGUAUAUAUUACAAUGUAAGAAAUGGCAGCGAUAUUGACUUGAAAGGUUUUGAGUGGACAUUCUAUUUGGCUGCUUUUGCAGAGUUGUAUUUUUUAUCAGCAGUUAUGAGUUCCUAUUCCGAUUUUGCAUCGCUGCAACGCUCCCUUGAAGUGAAUGCAAAUGUUAAAGAAGAAACUGCCGAUCAACAAACAAGUGGAAUACAAGGAAGUCUUGUAACAGAUACUGAAAUUGAAGACCUAGAGAGACCGUUGAACCUUUUUUCUGUAGAUGAAGAAUCAGACUCGCCAACCGCAAACAGCGAAACCAAUUCUACAACUGCAAUACCACGUGUAGAUAACAUGGGCUUCUUACGCCGACUCAUGGACAAUCUGAGUCAACUUUGUAAAAAGAGUUUCGGAACAGAAGCAGAUCGCUUUAGGAAAGAAUGCUUGAAGGAUAUCACCAAGAAAGAUUAUUUGGAGUCAAAGGAACUUGAUGAUUGUUUAAGUAGUUUGGAAAGUUUGAUAAAUUGCAUUCAAGCCUGUUGCCGUUUAAUUGAUGCAUUUUCUUUUUCCUUUUCUUCUCGUUUGUUGCAAUCAGCUGCUGAAAAUGCUCGGCGAGAAUCUCGAGUAAUAGUGCAAAGUUAUUCGUCUCAAAUAUUCCUCAGUAUUUUGUCUCUUACGGGAAGUGGAGCAAAGCAAAUAAUUGAUUCAGUUACUCUUGUUCUUUUACAACGUAUUGCGAAACGUGUCCAGUUGAUGAAUGAUGAGUUAAUCUUAGAACAAGCUCGUGAUUUUGUUAACCGAACAGAAGAAAUGAAAGCCAAAUAUGCGAGUCAGUUGGUUUACAGACAUCUCGAAAAGCUCUCAGAUGCCGCAGUCAAGGGAAGUAUUAACAACUGUAGCUUACUGGAUGAGCCUGUGGGAAAAGUUGCUACUCGUCUGUAUCGAACAAUGUGUAGAGAAAUUGUGGAUAUAUCUUUACGGGAUGAUAUAUGGUCCGAAUUGAAGAGCACUGUUGCAAACUUUCUUAAAGAACUAGCGAACAUUUUGGGAACGAAUGGAAACCAGAAAGCGGCUCAAGAACUGCUGCAGUGGCGCCGUCAACUGAGUUCAGAAAUGAGCACUCUGUAAAGUUGUCUUGAAAUUAAUGUUUUCCUUC